AUGUAAGAAAUUUUAACUAAGGAUCCUAAACAAAGAAUAAGAAUUGAUGAGCAAUGGUUUGUUAAGUAUUUUGAAGUAUAGGCUACUGAUAAUUAAUUAAGAAGAUUGUUGAUGAACUUAGUUAACUAUAAUUUCUCAAUUUAAACUAUAAGAAGCUACUCUUAAAUUACUAGUUUUUUAUUUAGCUUCUAUAAAGGAAUUAAAUGA